AAAAUAAGAUUACUUUAUAUUUCACUCUAUUAUAGAGUAACUCUAUUAUAGAGUGAACCAUUGGAGCAAAUCCAACUCUAUAAUAGAGUUACUCUAUUUUAGAGUGAAAUAUAGAGUAAAUUUUAGUGUAGCAUUGUAGAUGGUCUAAUAGUACUCUAUUUCUCACUCUAUAAUAGAGUAAAAAAUAGGUUUACUCCAAAUAUAGAGUAAUUUGUUUUUUUUUUGUUCACCACUCUAUUUUCUACUCUAAAAUAGAGUACCAUUAGAGCAAACUCAAACUCUAUUAUAGAGUUACUCUAUUUUAGAGUAAAAAAUAGAGUAAGCCAUCGGAGAUGGUCUUACAAAUCAACAUGGUCUCUAUUGACUCUCAAUUAAAGUUUGUGAUCGAAGUUGUUUUAGAGUAUUUUGGUCUUAAGAAUAUACUCUCUAUCGGCUUUACAGCAUAAUAGCUUACUAGCAAUACAUAAAGAUUGGGACACAAAGUUUGUGAUUGAAGUUGUUGCCUUGGUGGAGUCUUCAAUGGUGUCAAUUUCCAAAGUAAAUUGGAUACUUGACAAUGAAACAUGAUGCUAUUAAAUGGUUUCAGAUGCUUCUCCACACAAUUGACAUUUUCUCCAUACCGUUAAUCCUCUUUUAACCAGCGCAUCUGCAAUUGAUAAGCUAGUAUGCGCAUUCUUCCACCAUAAAGUUUUCAACUUAGGAGGGAUAUAUCCAUAAAGUUGCUUUGUAAAUUCCUUCUUCCUCUUGUUCUACAAUCUGCCUGGAUUGAGCAAAUUUGGUGUGAGAGCUCAAUUGUACGGUAGUUGAAUUAGUAUCCAAACUUAACGGUGUAUUCCCCAUUACUUGUGAAUAUCUAGGACACGUGAUCUCUUACAUUAGUCAUACUGGGUUGGAUCUGCUUUAUUUUCUAGAUGUAUGCAUGAACAACAUAUUGUUCCAUGCAAGAGAAUUUUUAAUGAAAAGGUUUCAUGCGUUAAAAAAUAGCAGUGUGAUUUAAUUAUCAUAAUUACUCGAUGUUAAAUCUUAAAUGUAAAACGUUGAAUACUUUGGAGUCAAAUUAUUAUGAAAAAUUAAAUUUAUCAAUCCCAAAAAAUUAAACCGAUUGUAUUUUUAACAAAACAAGAAUUUGGACUAGGCAAAUUUUGGCUAUGUAUAAUAAAUUAAUAAUACUUGUCACCACAAUACAAAGUUCAGACAUGGAAACUAUCUGAUUGUUUCCGACCAAAGUAGGUCAGAGUUGACCCAUAAAUACAUUAAUGACAAUUAGAAAAGAAAAUGGUAUGAAAAUAAAGGGUAUGAUAUAGCCACAUUGUAGAAGUUUUUAUUUUAAUUUAUACAAAAGAAAUUCAAGUUUCUACCCAAAAAUGGGAGAGGUUUUCGUGCACUUAAAAAAAUUAAUGUGAGAUUACAAUAUUUUAUUUUAUGUAAUCUAUUUUUUUUUCUAAAACAUUUACCAUAAAUUUAUUGCGUAUUUACAAAAAAAAAACGAUAUCUUACAGUUUUGCUAAUUUUCCUCUCUACAAAAUGCUAUCUGUAUACUGAGCCCUAGAAAAGAAAUAAAUAAAGGUCUUGAGGGAGACAAUAAAGAUAGAAAGUCAUUUAUUUUGGCAGAAUAUGAUGGUCAAUGUUAUUAAUGCUAUAAAAUCAGACAAUUGUAUUGGUAACAAAGAGACACCAAGCCUCAGAGUCAAAGGAUCACAACUAAACAAAUAAGAAAUCAGAUUUUUUUUUACUAUGAAUCAAUAAGCCAAAGAAAUACUUUUGAAACUUUGCUUUUGCCCGCUGAAAAAAAUCAUGGGGUGUUGCCAUUCAUUGUCUUCCGGGGAAGUUCCUCAACAGCGAGCCCACCAAAACCACGGAGAAGGAGAUCCACCAUUGACAAAGUUCUCCUUCUCCGAUCUCAACGUGGCCACCGAAAAUUUUAGUUUGAAAAAUGUUGUUUCAGAGAGCGGAGGAGAAUCGUCCAAUAUUGUCUACAAGGGCCGUUUGCAGAAUCGUGGCUUGAUCGCUGUUAAAAAAUUUAAUAAUAUGGCUUGGACUGAUCCUAAGACAUUUGUGGAGAAGGCGCAUAGAGUUGGGGGAAUAAAGCACAAGAGACUCGUUAAUUUGAUUGGAUAUUGCUGCGAAGGAAAUGAAAGGCUUCUCGUUGCCGAGUUCAUGCCAAAUGAUACUCUUGCUAAGCAUUUGUUCCGUCGGAAAAAUCAUACCAUGGAAUGGGAAGUGCGAUUGAAAGUAGCAUAUUCUAUAGCUGAAGCAUUGGAUUGUUGUAGUAGUGCAGGCUUUGCAUCCUACAAUAAUUUAAGUGCUUACUCAAUUAUGUUUGAUGAGGUAUGGAUAAUAGAUUUUUCUCUAAACAUUUUCCUAGCUAUGCCUUCUUCUGGUCUAAAGAUGCUGGACCACCUUUUUAAUAUUUUUGUUUCAUGGAUAUUGAAGAAUGGUGAUGCAUGUCUUUCCUGUUUUGGGUUAAUGAAGGAGACCAACAAUGAUCGAAAAGCAACCGGAAGUGUGAACCCUGAAAGUGUGAUGUUUAGAUUUGGUACCAUCCUUGUGGAUUUGCUUACUGGAAAGCCAAUUCCUCCAAGCCAUGCUCAUGAGACGAUACAUGGGAAAAAUGUUGCUGAGUUGAUUGAUCCAAACUUGAAGGGAAAGUUUUCUGCAGACGAAGCUACCAUAGUUUUCAAACUAGCCUUUAAAUGUCUGAAAUACGAGGAUAGAGAGAGUCGCGACACAAAACACAUUGUUAGAACACUUGAAACCUUGCAAACUAAAACAGAUGCUCCAUCUUACGCAAUGCUUGAAAUGGCACAUCAUAGAGAGUUAUCUGGGAAUAAACUUUCGCCACUAGGAAAGGCCAGUUUGAGAAUGGACCUCACAGCUAUUCAUAAAAUCUUGGUGAUAGCAGAAUAUGAAGAUGACAAGGAGGUGGUCGAGUUCUCUUUCGAAGAAUGGAUGGAGGAGGCAAAAUAUAUUCAAGAGGUUCGAAAACACGGUGAUCAAGCCUUCCUAGAGCAAGACUUUGAAACCGCCAUUAACUGUUAUUCUCAGUUCAUUGAUUCUAGGAGAACGGUGUAUCCAAGUGUUUAUGCGAGGCGUAGUCUAUGCUAUUUAUUCUGCAAUCAACCAGAUCGAGCACUUCACGAUGGGAUGAUUGCGCAAGAAGUAUUCCCUGAUUGGCCAACCGCCUUCUACUUGCAGUCUGUGGCACUAUCCAAAUUAAAUAUGAUCACUGAUUCUGCUGAUACUUUGAAAGAAGCAACUCUUCUUGAAGCAAAAAGACAGCGCCGUAAGCAAGAUUCUUGAUUUUGCUGAUCUAUACUUUUGUCCUGUGUAAACUCUGAGAUGAGGAUAUACAAAUGUUGAAACAUUUUUCCUUCUUGCAGUGACCAUAUUUUGAAUUAGUUUUGUUUAAUUACAUUUCAAGAAAAAAUAUAAAAACAUAAAAGAUUUAUUUCCAUAGAAUGAUUUCUAAAGAGAAAGAUAGAACAUAAUCAUUUACAUUUCAAAAUUUAUUGCACUUAACAGUAAAUUUUUUAUAAAUUAAUAAUAUUGGGACUUUGAUAUUUUAUUAAUUUACAAACUUUUCUUUUUAGAAUUUUUUUUUAUUUUAGAAUAUAUAUUUUAUAUAAAAUAUGAAAAUGGUUGAUUCUACCGUAUAUAAAUGCUAAAUUUUAUAUAUUUGACUUUCAUAUCUUCUUAUCAUACUAUUUGGUGUAUACAAAAUAUGCUUCCUAGAAUUUAAAUAUGAUUUUAGAUAUAAUUUUAAUAAAUAUUAUUCAAAUAUAUUAAAAUAUUAAUAAAAUAUAGAGAUAGUACAUGCUGAUUUUAUCUGCAUAAACCCGGAUAAAAGCUGUAUAUGGGGCCAAGGUAAUUAUAGUUCAUUACAAGAGAGAUAAGUUGCCAUAAUAACGUUUAUGAGAUAACUAGGUCUUUUUGGCCUUGAUGGAAGGUUGCCUAGACGAUAGGCGAUGUGUCUAGACAGAUAUGCGAAUGCGAUGUGCCUACAUGAAUCUCUUCCUCCCUAGAUCCCUAGAUGAUAGGCGAUGUGCCGUUUUCCUUUUUCUUUAAGAGUUUUUGACCGCUUCUAUUUUCUUAGUGAUUUUUUUAAUUUUUAAAAUCGGCUGAAUUUUUUAUUUAAUAGACCUUGUUGAGGGCAAAAAAAUCCAGAAAAGGUAGGAAUUCCAUAUUAUGUUUCUUGUUCACUCACCAUUUACCAUUCUAACAAGAGGGAGAUGGAUUACCAUAACUUGAGGAAUCUCACUCUCUAAAAGAGAGAUAUCAUCAAACCUUAAUCCUCCAUUCUAGUGGCCAAAAACAAAGACAAUACAGUUAAAAAAAAAAAACGCAUUUAAGUAUUUAACAGUCAAGUUUACGUUCCCCUGUCUCUCGGUGUCAGAGAAUAGUAAUUUAUGAGUCACACGCACUGAU